AUGGAAAUGAACGAUGAAGCCUUGAUUUUGUCUCAAGCCACAAUUGGAAUGAUUAGGCUUAUUGUUUUGCAAGACAUGCCCGGUGCUCGGGACAUCAUUGAAUCUACAGGAGAGAUUUUGUCAAAAAUUGAUGGGGUCACUCCUGUCCAUUCACGUUACUACAGAAUGAGUUCGCAAUACUAUAAGCUCAUGGGUCAACACGCUGAAUAUUAUCGCGAGGCUCUUCGUUUUCUUGGUUGUACUGAUAUCUCUGAACUCCCAGAAGCCGAAAAACAAGACUGGGCUUUCUCCGUUGGAUUGGCCGCUCUCCUGGGGCAGGGGGUUUACAAUUUUGGUGAAUUGAUCUCUCAUGAGAUUUUGGAGUCACUCCGUUCUAAACCUGAUGCCGUAUGGCUUGUUGAUCUCCUCCAUGCCUUCAACCGAGGUGACCUCGACUGUAUCGUGAAACUCAGACCGAUGUGGUCGGCUGUGAAUGAUUUAGCAGCUGCUGAAGACCUACUUCAAGAAAAAGCUUUACUUCUUGCUCUUAUGGAAAUGUUCUUCCGCAGACCUUCCAAUCAGCGCACUGCUUCGUUCGCCGACAUCGCUGAAGCUACAAAAUUGCCUCUGGAUAAGGUAGAAGCUCUGGUGAUGCGUGCACUUUCUUUGAACUUGAUGAAAGGCCGAAUCGAUGAAGUUAAUCAGACAGUCACUCUUAUUUGGCUCCAACCUCGUGUUCUUGAUAUCGAUCAGAUUAGCAACAUGGCUCAGCGAUUGGCAGAAUGGCAGAAGUCGGUUAAGUCAGUACGUGAUUUGGUUUCACUGGAUGCGAAGAAACUGCUUGUUUAA